AUGGCAUCAAUUCUCAAGAACAUCAUCGUUAUCGGGGCCUCCGGCAACCUCGGUCCCUCCAUCCUCUCCGCCCUUGACUCCAAUCCCCGCUUCGCCGGCGACAUCGAAGUCCUCUCCCGCUCCUCCUCCAAAACCACUUUCCCACCCCACAUCAAAAUCCACCGCGUCUCCGACUCCUAUCCUUUCGACGAGCUCGUCGCGGCUUUCAAAGACCAAGAUGCCAUCGUCGAUAUGGCCCCCAUCACCGAAGUCGCUACGCAUAAGACAAUAAUCGAUGCGGCGAUACAGGCGGGGGUGAAGCGGAUCGUAUUGAGUGAGUUUGGCACGAACGUGCCCGAGUUGCAGACGACGGAGCCGCUGGCGGAGAUUUAUAGGGGGAAGGUGGAGAUUAGGAAGUACAUGGAGAGUAAAGAGGGACACGGGCUGACGUGGACGGGGUUGGUGGUUGGGGCGUUCUUUGACUGGGGCCUCGAGGACGGUUUCAUAGGCUUCGACCUCAAGUCCAAAACUGCCACUAUAUCCGACGCCGGGACCACCCCUACAAAUUUCACCCUCCUAGCCACCACCGGCCUCGCCACCGCCGCCAUCCUUGACAAACCCGCCGAAACAGCAAACAGAUACGUCUUCAUCAACUCCUUCCGCACCACCCAGAACGAGAUCCUCUCCGCCCUACAAACAGUCACGCAUCAGAAAUGGAACGUGAAGCAUACGACGUGUGAAGAGGAGAGUAAGACUGGCAGGGAGAAGAUGGAGAAGGGCGAUUGGAGUGGCGUCGGGCACGCGAUCAUGGGGGCGAGUUACGGUGGGGGGAGAUACGAUUUCGCCCGGGGCAGGGAACUGGACAACGAGCUGCUGGGCUUGCCGGUGGAUGAGGAUUUGGAGACGACGGUGGAGAGGAUCGUGAGGGGCGAGCAGGAGAAGGAGGUUGGGCCGGACGCGAUGAUGAUCACGGAGGCUCUGCCCGUGUUGCAGAGACCUAAUCUGGAAUAA